AUGAGUUCAACCGACGUUCGCCAUGCGUUUGGGGGGACAGAAAAUCCAACCCAGAAAGGCAAGGCCGCAAAGGGUCCUACGAGAGCUGUGUUUGGACAGCUUACCAACGUUCCUGUUGCAGCCGUCAACACCAAGUUUGGGGGGACAGAAAAUCCAACCCAGAAAGGGAAGGCGGUAAAGGGUCCUAAGAGAGCUGUGUUUGGAGAGCUUACCAACGUUCCUGUUGCAGCCGUCAACACCAAGAAAAAUGGAUCAGACGAAGCUGCAACCAAAUCAUUGCUCAAACGAAAAACCAAGCAAACCGCGGUCCAACAUGGUCGUCCUCCAAAGGCGGAUGAAAUUCUGCCUUCCUCCAUCCAAGAGGAAUCAGCUGGUGUGUCGAUGAUGGAAGAGGAACUUUGCCAGGCCUUCUCUGAAACUCUCCUUGAUGUGGAGGACAUUGACAAGAAUGAUUCAGAUAUGCCACAGAUGUGUUCUGAAUACGUGAAGGACAUCUUUGUUUAUCUACGGAGCCUAGAGGAACAGCAGGCUGUACGACCCAAAUACAUGCAAGGCUAUAAAAUCAAUGGACGUAUGCGCGCUGUCCUCGUUGAUUGGCUGAUUGAAGUUCACGCCAACUUUCAGCUGUUGCAGGAGACUCUUUAUCUCACAGUUGCUGUAUUGGAUCGUUUUCUCCAGGUCCACCCAAUUUCACAACAGAAGCUGCAGCUGGUUGGCGUGACUGCCAUGUUUUUAGCUUCAAAAUAUGAAGAGAUGGACUGCGUAGAUGUUGGGGACCUUGCCUACGUCACAGACAAUUCCUUCUCUAACGCUCAAAUCCUGGAGAUGGAGCGAGUUAUUUUUCGGCAACUCAACUUUAACCUGGGACGCCCCCUGCCAAUACACUUCCUCAGGAGGGCUUCAAAAGCCUCCAAUUCUAAUGUAGAGACGCAUAUCCUCGCUAAGUAUCUGAUGGAGCUGACCCUCCUUGACUACGACAUGGUGCACUACCGACCCUCAGAGAUCGCUGCUGCCUCCCUGUACCUUGCCCAGCUGCUGUUUGAUGAACUGCCUUGGUCUGCUACACAGAAGCACUACACAACAUACGAUGAAAUCCACCUGAAGCCAAUUGGGCAGCACAUUGCUAAAAACGUUGUGAUCAUGAAUGAGGGGAAAACAAAGUUCCAGGCUGUAAAGGGCAAGUAUUCAAGCAGCAAACUGAUCAAGGUCAGCCUCGCCCCUCAACUAAAGUCUCCUGUGCUGACCAACAUGGCUGCUCCUCUUCUCAAACCCUGA